AUGUACAAGGCCGUCAUCCUGCCGAGGCUGCUGUACGGAGCGGAGACUUGGACGGUGUACGCAAAGCAGGCACGUCGUCUGAACCACUUCGCCCUCAGUUGUCUUCGUCGCAUCCUGAGGCUGAACCGGCAGGACCGCAUCCCCCACACUGAUGUGCUGGAGCGGACGGGAAACCUCGGCAUCUACACCAUGCUGAGACAAAUGCAGCUGCGUUGGAGCGGCCACCUGGUGUGCAUGAACGACGAGCGACUUCCCAAACGACUCUUCUACGGAGACGUCGCGAGGGAUUCUCGCCGUCAAGGAGGCCACAUUCGUCGACACAAGGAUACCCUGAAGGCCUCCCUGAAGCGCCUGCAAAUCAACCCGACCAACGGGGAAGAGCUCGCCCGCGAUCGCCCGACCUGGAGGAGAACAGUGAAGACGGACUCUGCUAUCUACGAAGCCAAAUGCAUCGCCGCCGCCAAAGCGAAACACGAAGCCAGCAAAUCACAACUGCGCCCAGUCCGCAACGCCGACGCACAACCGCUUCCAACGUGUCCUCGAUGUCAACGGACAUUCCGGGCUCGAAUCGGACUUGUUGGACAUCUUCGUAUCAAAUGUAUCUCUCGGACCGCACCAACUGUCGUCACUCCGCCCGCCUCUUCCUCGUCCUCUCUGCCGCCAACUACCUCUGGCCUUUCGUCUGAACCACCACUUCCAUCCUCCUCCUCCUCCUCCUCUCCCUACUCAACUACUGUCCCAACGACGGCCGCUCAGGCGGGCGUCUCGCACAUCACCAACCCUGUCACAACAACCGACACCACCCCCACUUCCUCUGACUCCAGCGAUGAGGAUCAGAACUACACCUGCCCUCGCUGCGACCGCACCUUCACCUCACACAUCGGCCUGGUCGGUCACUUGCGAAUCCAUCGAACAAACACUGGCGAAGCAGUGCCUGUAACACCAACCUACACUCACCGCACUCGCCUCCACUGCCCACACUAA